AUGUCUAGGCCCAAGCAUCGUCGCAAAGCAGCUUUUGCUGUACUUGGGGAAACGCUCACCCUCGCUAUAAUCAACUACGGCACUGGGAAGAUUGUAAAGGUUGCCAAUGGACGUGCUGUUACUAUUCCAGUCACAAGUGACAGUCACGAAAGCUACUGGGUGGUCAAUGCUAGUGUAGCAGACCAAACCCUGAAUGCUAUCCUCAAUGGAUCAUCUGCAGAAGCCAUUCCUUCGAGCGGUGGGAAUCCCAUUCCGAUCUCUCAGUGGCAAAUCACUCCCAAUGAAGACAAUUCUGAAGUUUUUUACAUCACAGACCCACAGAGCGGGACACGACUGGAAGGUGCAGGACCCAGGACUGAGAUUUCUGCGAUCUCAACCGAUGCUUUAACUAGUGGCCCAAAACAUGACGACAUUCAUUUGUGGCAGCUUGUUGCCAUAGUUGCUGCUAACAACCUCACGCCAGCCAGCAAUGGAGCUUCUUUUCUCUCUCAAUGGGAAGACAAGAAGAUUGUGUAUACUCCCAAGAAGCCCGUGGCCACAGUGGCGUCCAUCGACAAGAAUGAUAUCAAGACUUUGAAGGACAAGGGCAACAAAAUAAAGGAGAGUGAUGAGGAUGCGCUCUUGAAUGGUGGGGUUCGAAUCGACCGUCAGGGCUUCUUCCAGAAAAAGCCAGGCAAGGACUCAACCUAUUUCGCCAACUUGCAAGGUCAAGUUUCAAAAUUGUCGGUUUGGCAAGUGAAUAUACAGACUGGCCAGGAGUUUGGUGUAGCUGCUAUCAGGAAGGAAAUGGCAGAGAGUAUGAAUUCGGAUCCGCCAAAGGAGCUCUGGCUGGAGGCAUGA